CAUUUCUCGAGGUCCUUUUACCAUCUUGACCCGUAGUACUACGUUAUGCCAUUUUCUCUCCUCUGAUGGCAUUAUUUAUUCUAAGUGUGACUAUUCGUUUGAUAUUCAUGGAGUGAGAUUCUAACAAAUUCAUUGGUUUGGUUAUAGUUCAAGGCCAAUGGGCGAUAUGAAAGAGAGCAUUGUCUAGUGAUGCAUACUUGAGCGGAGACGGAUUAUGUCACUCUCCAGCAGGAGAAAGGGAGGAAAAAUGACCCGUGAGGAUUAGAAAUUAGACACGUCAGAGCGGGCUAACUACUGUAUAAAGACCUCUUGUAGAACUUAUUAUGUUUAACAUCGCAGUGUCCAUUUUUAUCAUAGGACUUUUUCACUUGAACCGUGUAGUUUUUGCUGAGUUGCCUCGGGAUGGAAUCACAAAACUGUACAAGGAGCGGAAUAUUAUACCAGAUAUAUUCAAGGACAAAGCACCGAAGGAUAUUGUAAAG